UUUAGUUAUUAUGACUGUCUCUGUAUUGCGUUUCUCGGAUUCCUUUUGGGAUGAGGAAGAUCGAGGCAUAGAUAUACUUACCGACAAAUUGACUAAUUCCGAACAAACUUGCAAAGACCUGAAGAAGAUUUAUGAAAUAAGAGCACAAAUUGAAAAGGAUUAUGGAGAAAGACUUUUAGAAUUAUCACAACAUACUCUUGGCGAAAUUGAACUAGGUACUUUGGCAAAAUCUAUGCAACGAAUUCCUUUUGCCUUUGAAACUACAGCUCGGGCUCAUAUUGAUAUGGCUGAACAAUUAAAUACUACUUUGGAAGCUCCUUUAACCUCUUUUUUGAAAGAACAAUGUGAAUUGAUUAAUGCUAGAACACAUCAGAUGGAAAACUCAAAGCAUCUCAAGGAUAUGCAUCAAGCUCACGUGGAUAAAGCAAAACAGGCAUAUGAUGAAUUACACCAAUUACUCAAACAAAAACAAGAGAAUGGAGAAGAUAUAGAAACAGUCCAAAAUUCCUUGGCAUUAGCUGAUCAGGAAUGGCAACAUUCAGUGGAAAUUUUACAAGAAGUGACGGACAAGUUUACGUUUGAUUGGAAAAUCACUUGUGACUUAUACCAAGACUUAGAGGAAAGAAGGAUUAACUUUGUCAGAAGUAAUCUCUGGGCUUUUGCCAAUAUGAUGUCCAGCGUCUAUAUUGUAGAUGACAGAGGAUGUGAAAGUAUUCGAACUGGUUUGGAAACAACGGAUGUGCGAAAAGAUAUUAACGACUUCAUUCUUAAGUAUGGUACAAGUGUCAAAAUACCAACGAAUCAAUCUCAACUCGACGAAGAUCAUUCCUAUUCUUCUCCUUCAUCCACUGGAAACCAACAGUCUCUUCCUGCGGAUUCAAUGUCAUUCGCCUUUCAAGAAGUAGAAAACAUGUUAUCAGAUUCUGGAAGCGUGAAACGACAUUCUCUCGAUCAUCAAUCUAUUCACAGUGCAUCUUCAUCACACCAACAACGAAACUCUUUCUCUUCCAACUCCACUGGAUCUCCUCAUCAAACACGUGCCAAAAAUGAACAUUCCACUAUUACUCCAAGAGAUUCAUUCGACAGUAAUCAUCAUCAACGUCAGCCUUCCGUCACCACCAUAGAACCUCAAGUAAACACAUCGCCAACAAAAAAACCUGUCAUUUUGUCUUCUUCUCCAGCAUCGUCUUCAUCUCAACAACCCGAUUCCAGUACCACUACCGCUACUGCUACCUCUACUUCUACUGUCAAUAACAUCAAACCGGAAAGUUUCAGUGGAAUGACAAAUUCGCCUUCAGGAUCGUCUAACUCGAACAAUACGUCAACUAUCUUAUCAAAUAUAAACGAUGACGACUCUGACGAUGAUGAUAUUCCCAGACAACCUUUACGCAUGCCAAAACCUAGGGAAGAAAAGUGGACCAUUUCAGCAAGACGUACUGGACCAUCAACUACAUCAACUACUCGACCCAACCAACGUAUUAACAACAGCAGUAACAAUAGCAACAAUAGCAACAAUAACAACAAUAACACAGGUGUCAAAAUGAAGUCUGGUUACCUUGAUCCAUCUAUUCAUCCACCUCCUCUUCAGCAACAGCAACAGCAGCAAUACUAUAAACCAUCAUCGCAAUCUAGCCUUUAUCCCCCUGAAAAUUACGCGGUAGCAGCAAAUAACAACACAAGUUCAUCGUUCUACAAUCAUGCAUCAAACAACAACAGUCGAUCAUCUUUUUACCAACAGGCAUCCACAUCCUCCACAAACUCACUUACAAUUGAUGUUGCUCCUAGUAUCACUUCUGGACAGGGAACUGUAUUUCAAGCUCAAAAUACGACAUCGAGUCAUACGCCAUCAACAGACAAUAAUAAUAUGUCAACAUAUCAACCUAAUGCGAAUACUGCUAUCACCUAUCAGCCACCAUCAGCAUCUGGACCAACCAUUGCAUCCACUUAUCAACCAUCACAUAUAUCUUCUACGUAUCAAAUAUCAUCAACGGCCACUUCUACUUAUCAACAACCUUCAACAACUACAGUAGCUUACAAACCGGCAACAACAGUAACAGCGCCUGGAUACUUACCCGUCAAAAACACAAAUCAUCCAGCAACAGCAACAUCAUCAGCAAUUACGACUCAGCAACAAUCGCAAUUUACACUUGAUUCUUAUGGACAACCACCACCAGCUAACACAAAGAUUGGAAUCCGACCUCCUGUAUGGCAAGAUGAUCGAAAGGGUGAAUUGGAAGGCACAACAGCAUCAGAAUAUAUGCAAGGGGAGGCAUCACCAACUUCACCAUUACGCCCAGGUCUACAACGAUUCAAGAGUGUGAAUGGACCUCGUGCACCUCCUCCUAAAGACAAUUACAUUGCACCUUCCGAGCUGAAGAACACACGAGGAUUCGGUGAAGAGACGGUCUCGAUUUUGAAGGAAGGCAAUAUCAACAAUCAUUCUGACAACAAGGAUGACGAGGACAACAAGAACGAAAAGGACGAAAACGAUGACAAGAACAAAGCAGAUGAAACUACAAAGAUACCUGUGGACACAACAACAACAACAACAGAGGCAUCAGCAUCACAGCAACAAGAAGAACCAAAAAGUGGAUUUUCAUUCAACAAUAUCUUUUUCAAGAAGGAUAAACCAGCAACAAGCGAUGGAUCCAAAUUGCCUGAUGGUACAGUUUAUAAACAUAAAGCUCGGGCCAUGUGGAGUUACGAAGCCAAGAUUGAUUCAGAAUUAUCCUUCCAAGCCAAUGACACCCUUGCAGUGAUUCGAAAACAACCUGACGGAUGGUGGGAAGCUGAAAUUCUAGAUGAUAAACGACGACAACGUGGUCUUGUGCCUGGCAAUUACAUGUCUCUCAAUUAGAAUAGAACAAUCCUCACGUAAUAUAUCAUGAUAAACUUGUCCUUCCAUUCCUUUGUCUGUAUUAUAGUAUUAUUUAUAAGUUUUUCUUGAUUUUAGUUUGUAGUCUUUUGCCCCAUACUCGUUAGUGUUCAUACCUAUUUUAC